GAGCCUUUUGUGAUAAUCAGUGAAGUGAAGUGUAGAUAGACCACGAGACGAAGAAUGAGUUCGUGGGUUUGCUCUUCCGUAACUCGAAACGUCGUAAAGUCACAUCCUUUAUCAUUAACCAAACACCUUGAUUUCCCGGCGACGAUUCGGAGAAGAUCAGUCAGCUUUCCGGCGACGAUUCGGAGAAGAUCAGUCAGCUUUCCGAUAACAUCUGCGCCGAAAUUUCCGUCUUUGAAACUCCAAAAGUCUCAAUCGUCGAUCCAUGAAGGAGAAGAAGACUCAGAAUCAGCCGUACAAGCCCUCACGAUUCCAGAAGAGUGGUUGCUCCCUUCUAGAGCCAUUGAGGAAUCUGAAUGGUUGAGAGUAACUUUGCACAAAUGGUUGGAUGAUGAGUAUUGCCCUGAGCCAACCAAUGUGGAGAUCAGUGAAGUAGCUGCAAAGUCUUACUAUAGUUCACUGCUAGAGAAAGAAAGUGACAUGGGAGAGAUUUUGUUGAAGAUGGCUCAAGAUUUAACUUCCAUUUCAUACCAAGAAAGCUUCCAUGGAGCUUUCACAUCCGCUAAUGCAGCUAUAAAUUUGAUUGUUGACAGAAUAGAAACCGGCCUAGUCUAGUCUAGUCUAGUGCAGUCUAGUUCACUUGAAGUUUCAAGAACAGUUUUCUUUGUAUAUUAUGAGUUUUGUUACUUCACUUGGUCAGGUGCAGGGAAAUCUAACGUCUUUACAGUUGUG